AUGUUGGCAGGUGCGGAGUUGAUGGCGUCAACGGCGGCCCGCCCCGCCCAGGUGAUGACGCAGAAUCUCGGCGCCACCCGCUCCGCCCGGCCCGCGGCUCCCCGGCGGCGUGGAGAAUCAGCUGUGCGGUGCCCGCUGGGCGGAUCCUGGCUGGGAGUAGGGGACCCCAGAGCAGAUUUGAAACAAAUCUGUGUUCAUGAAGAGUGCCUACACAACAUGUCAAGAAAAAAAGAUCCAAUCGAAUUGUUUCAUUCUGGGCAGCUGGUAAAAGUCUGUGCUCCAAUGGUUAGAUAUUCAAAGUUGGCUUUUAGAACACUCGUAAGAAAGUACAGUUGCGAUCUGUGCUAUACACCAAUGAUAGUUGCUGCUGAUUUUGUCCGAUCCGUAAAAGCCAGAGACAGUGAAUUUACCACAAACCAAGGUGAUUGCCCAUUGAUUGUUCAAUUUGCUGCUAAUGAUGCAAGACUUCUAUCUGAUGCUGCUCGUAUAGUCUGUCCUUAUGCAAAUGGAAUAGACAUUAACUGUGGUUGCCCUCAGAGGUGGGCAUUAGCAGAAGGUUAUGGAGCUUGCUUAAUAAACAAGCCAGAGCUUGUUAAAGAUAUGGUGAAACAAGUGAGGAAUCAAGUGGAAAAUCCCAGAUUUUCAGUAUCUAUUAAAAUAAGGAUCCACAGUGACCUUACAAGAACUGUAGAUCUCUGUCGGAAGGCUGAAGCAACAGGAGUUUCCUGGAUUACAGUCCAUGGAAGAACUGUUGAAGAAAGACAUCAGCCAGUUCACUAUGAGGCCAUUAAAAUAAUUAAAGAAAGUAUGUCUAUACCUGUAAUUGCUAAUGGAGACAUCAGAAGCUUAAAAGAAGCAGAAAAUGUGUGGCACAUGACUGGGACAGAUGGUGUGAUGGCUGCAAGAGGACUAUUAGCAAACCCGGCCAUGUUUGCUGGAUAUGAGGAAACCCCACUGAAAUGCAUCUGGGACUGGGUUGACAUUGCUCUUGAACUUGGAACUCCUUAUAUGUGUUUCCAUCAGCAUUUAAUGUACAUGAUGGAAAAGAUAACUUCAAGGCAAGAAAAGAAAGUAUUUAAUGCUCUGUCUAGCACAUCUGCAGUCUUGGAUUACCUUACAGACCAUUAUGGGAUUGACCGGUCUUCCUAAAUUAAUAUAUUCUUCAUUUUAUACGUGCAGGGAAACCAACCAAGGUCACAUUUUGGUUUUUACUUUGAAUCAUUGGCUCCCAAACAUUAGUAUAAAAACAGUGCCCUGAGAGGAUUUUUUAAAAAUCAUUCCUAGAUUGUGAUUCAGUAGAUCUCUAGGGUGGACCCAAAAUUUAAAGAAGACCACAGGUGGUUCAAACAUUGACAAACAUUGCUUUGAAUCCUAUUAUUGAUUAGAAAAUGUGAGAAUUUUUCCCUAAUCAUGUUUUUAACAUUUUUAAAUAAAACUUUUUAUUUUAAUACUACAAAGAUGACUCAUACAGUAUCUGUAAGUUAACAUGAAGUAUGUUUUAAAUGAAAAUAAGUGCCAAAAAUUGAGAAAAUAAACACCAACAUCUCUAUAAAUGAAAAAGAACAAGAAAUUCUGGAUAAUUGUAUUCAGGGCUUAUAUUAAAAGUAUACAUUGGAAAACAAACUGCCGCUUCCUAAUUCAUGAAUUCCACACUCAAGGUAAUUGUCUUAAAUUGUAUGUAACAGGGAUUAACUGGAGUUCCGGUUGUGGUGCAGUGGAAAUGAAUCUAAGAACC